CUCGCCGUGUGUGCACCGCAGGGUAUUUCCAGGAGCAGUUUAAGGCCGACUGUUACUUCACCAACGGCACCGAGCGGGUGAGGCUGGUGGUGCGGUUCGUCUACAACCGGCAGCAGUACGCGCACUACGACAGCGACGUGGGGCACUUUGUGGCCGAUACCCCCCAGGGGGAGCCCGAUGCCCGCAACUGGAACAGCCAAGCGGAGCUACUGGAGCAGAAACGGGCGGAGGUGGACACCGCCUGCAGGAACAACUACAGAGCGUGGAGCCCUUUCGCCGUGUGCAGGAGAGUCCAGCCCGAGGUGGAAAUCCACCCGGUGCAGUCCAGCUCCCUGCCC